UCUCAGCCAGUGCAGAUCAGUUCAGCUGCAGGAUGUCAGAGGAGCGAGGAACAGAGAUCCGUCUCUCACAGAAACACAGGUGACACUGAGCAGCUGAGUGUGUUCACAGCCAGUGCAGAUCAGUUCAGCUGCAGGAUGUCAGAGGAGCGAGGAACAGAGAUCCGUCUCUCACAGAAACACAGGUGACACUGAGCAGCUGAGUGUGUUCUCAGCCAGUGCAGAUCAGUUCAGCUGCAGUAUGUCAGAGGAGCGAGGAACAGAGACCCGUCUCUCACAGAAACACAGUGUAAGAUCAGGAUCACGUGUGUCCAGCUCUGUGUCUGUGAAGAGUGACUGCUCAAGAGAGAAGCCACCAAACUUCAGUGAGAAAACUCCAUCAUCUGCCAAAAGUGUAAGAGCAGGAUCACGUGUGUCCAGCUCUGUGUCUGUGAAGAGUGACUGCUCAAGAGAGAAGCCACCAAACUUCAGUGAGAAAACUCCAUCAUCUGCCAAAAGCAGUGUUCAACGUAAGACAAUACAUUCAGAUGUUCGGGCUAACAGGAACCACAAGGUUUUCAAAGAAAAUCUCCAAUGGAUAUUCAAGGAUCUUGAGAGCAAAAUAAUCACAUUUCUGAAGAAAGAACUGGAAAAGUUAAAGAAAAUAUUACAGAAAGAGAACACACAAUACUUGGUGAAGGACUUUAUUGAAAACAGAAGCAGUAUGAAAGAAGCAGCUCUUGAUCUCUCGCUCUGCUUCCUGAGAGAGAUGAAGCAAGAUGAAGCUGCUGAUGCUCUCGAAGAUGAGCUGUUCUUCAUUCAUCAGCUGAAAUGUAGCCUAAAGAAGAAGUAUGAAUGUGUGUUUGAAGGAAUAGCAAAGCAAGGUGACUCCACACUUCUGAAGAACAUCUACACAGAUCUCUAUAUCACUCAGGGUUGUAGUGAACAGGUCAACACUGAACAUGAGGUCAGACAGAUUGAAGUUGCUUCCAGACGUCAUGAAUCACAGGAAGUACAGGUUAAAUGCAAACAUUUGUUUGAAGCACCUGAACAAGACAAGCAGAUCAGAACUGUGUUGACAAAAGGAGUUGCUGGCAUCGGAAAAUCAGUCUCUGUGCAGAAGUUUGUUCUGGAUUGGGCCGAAGGAAAAGAAAAUCAGGAUAUCAGCUUUAUAUUCCCUCUUCCAUUCAGAGAGAUGAACUUAAAGGAGAAAGAAAACCAAAGUCUAAUGGACCUUAUAACUCAGUUUUUCCCAGAGACAAAAGGACUGAACCUUACAAGAAGUAAUAGUUUGAAAGUCUUGUUCAUCCUCGAUGGAUUGGAUGAGUGUCGUCUUCCUCUAAGCUUUGCUGGUAAUGAGACGUGGUCUGAUGUAUGGUCACCAGCCUCUCUGGAUGUUCUCCUGACGAACCUCAUCGAGGGAAAUCUUCUUCCUUCUGCUCUCAUCUGGAUCACCACCAGACCAGCCGCUGCCAGUAAGCUUCCUCCUGACUGUAUAGACCGGCUGACAGAGAUACGAGGAUUCAGUGACGCACAGAAGGAGAAGUACUUCAGAAAAAGACUCACAGAUGAGGAUCUGGCCAGAGAAAUCAUUGAUCAUGUCAAACAAUCAAAGAGUCUCUUUAUCAUGUGCCACAUCCCAGUCUUCUGCUGGAUUUCAGCCACUGUUCUCCAGAACAUUUUAGAGGAGAAAAGAAAUAAUGAUCUGAAAAACAAUCAGGCUAGUGAUGUCUCUCAAACACUGCAGGAGUCAAACACUGAAGACACUCCCAAGACUCUGACACAAAUGUACACACACUUUCUCCGCUUUCAGAUCCAGCAGAGCAGACGAAAGUAUGACGGAGAAUACACACCAGAUGUUUCCUGGGAUAAAGGUGCCAUCCUUUCACUGGGGAAACUGGCCUUUCAACAGCUGGAAAGAAACAAUAUGAUCUUCUAUGACACAGACCUGGAAGCCUGUGGUAUUGAUGUCUAUAAGGCAUCAGUGUAUUCAGGCAUGUGUACCCAGAUCUUUAAGGAAGAAACAGGGAUCACUGUUGGUACCAUGUACUGCUUCGUUCACUUGAGCAUUCAAGAGUUUAUUGCAGCUGUUUAUGCACAUCUGUUUCUAGACAUCAACAAGAAAAGUGUGUUUGAUAAUGAGUCUACAGAACAGGAAAACAAAAAUAAAACCAUGAUUGAUUUGCUCAAGACUGCAGUGGACAAGGCACUGGAGAGUAACAGUGGACACCUGGAUCUUUUCCUUCGCUUUCUUCUCGGUCUGUCACUUCAGUCCAAUCGUCGACUCUUAAGAGGACUGUUGACACAACAAGACUGCAAUGACCAGAGCAACAAGGAAAUAGUUCAGUACAUCAAGCAGAAAUUAGAAGCUGAUCUGUCUCCAGAGAGAUCCAUCAAUCUGUUCUACUGUCUGAAUGAACUGAAUGAUCAAACUCUGGUGAAAGAGAUUCAGACCCACCUCAGCAAAGGAAGUCUCUCAUCUGCUGACCUUUCACCUGCCCAGUGGUCUGCUGUGGCCUUUGUGUUGUUGACCUCAGAGGAGGAGCUGGAGGAGUUUGAGCUUCAGAAAUUCAAGAAAUCAGACGAGUGUCUCAUUAGACUAUCAGCAGUCAUCAAAACCUCCAAAAGAGCUCUGUAA